CGUCAAAUGUUUUAUGUAGCUGAGUAGCUGUAUUAUUUAUCAACAUAAAUGUUUUCUAUAAUAUAAAAAAUAUAUAUUUUUCGGAAAUGUGAUUUUAUUUAAAUUAAAUACGAGUAUUUCUCUUUAUGUUAAAUUGUUGUUAAUUGUAAAUAAAGAUGAUUGCACCUGAAGAUGGUUCAACGAAUGCAGAUAUGCCUGAUAGAACGCCCCUCGUUCCCUCUGGAAUCGGAAUCAUGAAAAGGAUAUCUGGUAUAUUUAAUAGAAAUCAAACUAACUCCUCAAGUAAUGAUGAGGGCCCAAGUUACAUUGAGUUUGGAACUUUUUCUGAAGAGUCUAGUACAAGAACAUUAGGUACUUUUGCAGGAGUUUUUGCACCUGUGUGCUUAUCAAUGUUUUCAGCUUUAAUAUUUCUUCGUAUGGGUUACAUUGUUGGAAAUGCUGGAUUGUUGAUAACAUUAGGUCAAUUUAUAAUAGCAUAUGGAAUUCUUGUGUUUACGGUAAUGUCUGUUUGUGCAAUAUCAACCAACGGUGCUGUGGAAGGAGGGGGAGCUUACUUUAUGAUUAGCCGAACUUUGGGACCCGAAUUUGGUGGUUCUAUCGGAACUUUGUUUUUUCUUGCUAAUAUUGUAAGCAGUGCACUAUGUAUAUCCGGUUGUGUGGAAGGUUUAGUAGAAAAUUUUGGUCCUUCGGGAUAUUUUGUGAAAGAACUAAUUCCAGAUGGCAGGUGGUGGCAAUUCUUAUAUUGCACCAGCUUAAAUAUAUUAAACCUGAUUGUAUGCCUUAUUGGAGCAUCAAUGUUUGCUAAAACUACAGUUUUUAUUUUGGUGUUAGUUUGUGGAUGUUUAGGUAUUACAUUCUUCACAUUUUUCUAUCAGGGUCCGAUGCAGAUAGAAAUACCAGAUUCAAAUACACUUUUACAUAAUAUAACACAUGAGAAUUAUACAGGUCUACGUGGAUAUACUUUGGAAAGUAAUUUAUGGCCUCAAUAUGGCAUAGAUUAUACAGCAAAAGGAGCAGUAGUUACAUUUGCCACAGUUUUUGGUGUACUAUUUUCAGGUGUAACUGGUAUAAUGGCAGGAGCUAAUAUGAGUGGUGAACUGAAAAGUCCCAGUAAAUCGAUUCCCCGUGGCACUCUGUCUGCAGUGGCCUUUACAUUUGGAGUUUACAUUUCAAUUUCACUGUUAACAGCUGCUACAUGUACAAAAGAUUUAAUGCAGAAUGAUUAUCUAUUUAUGAUUGGUAUUAGUGUAUUCGCACCCAGUGUUACAAUAGGGCUCUUAACUGCCACUUGGUCUGCUGCCUUAAGUAAUGUUAUAGGAUCUUCCAGGGUACUGGAAGCUCUUGCCAAGGAUAGAAUUUUUGGCCCAGUGCUUGAAUUUAUCCCUAAAGGCACAUGGAAUGGUAAUCCAGUUGCUGCAGUUUUUGUGUCCUCUGCCCUUGUGCAGUUAGUAUUACUAAUCGGUUCACUAAAUAUAAUUGCUCAAUUAAAUUCCGUCUUAUUCCUUCUAAGUUAUUUGGCUACAAACAUGGCAUGUUUAGGUCUUGAACUAGCAGGCGCUCCAAAUUUCCGUCCGUCGUUUAUGUAUUUUACGUGGCAUACUGCCUUAAUAGGAUUAGUGGGGACAUUGAUCAUGAUGUUUAUUAUUAGUCCCAUAUAUGCUGCUUGUAGCAUACUGCUUUGUUUACUGUUGGUUAUGUUUUUGCAUUUGUUUUCUCCAUCUACUAAAGAAGCACAAUGGGGUAGUAUAUCCCAAGCCCUUAUAUUUCAUCAGGUUAGAAAAUACCUUCUUCUUUUGGACUCUAGAAAAGAUCAUGUUAAAUUUUGGCGUCCUCAGAUGCUACUUUUAGUGAACAGUCCUAGAUCAGCAUGCCCACUUAUAGACUUCAUAAAUGAUUUAAAAAAAGGUGGCUUGUACGUAUUAGGUCAUGUUAUAACUGAUGAGACAAAUAGCGAUGGGCCUGAUCCAACAUUAAACCAAUAUAUACACUGGUUAAACCUUAUAGACCAUUUAAAAGUGAAAGCGUUUGUAGAAUUAACUGUAGCAAAAACAGUUAGAGAGGGACUGCAGCAUUUAAUGAGACUAUCAGGAAUGGGUGCAAUGAAACCUAAUACUGUGGUUUUAGGAUUUUUAGAUGAACAGGAUCCUCAAGACUUCUUACAAAGCAAUGAUUCCGCAUAUCAGAAUCAAGAUUUUAAUGACGAUAUAUUUCCAUUAAGAAACCAAAGUACAUUGAAAUCUCUAGAAUAUGUACAGAUGAUGCGAGAUGUCUUAAGAAUGAACAAGAACUUGUGUCUAUGUAGGAACUUUUUCAAGUUGAGGAAGGAUGCGAAAAGUGUAAGGAGGAAACAAUAUAUUGAUGUUUGGCCUGUGAAUUUCCUGAAUCCAGGAGAACAAGAUGCAUUCGAUACUACUUCACUUUUUAUGAUGCAGUUAGCUUGUAUAGUUAACAUGGUACCGCUAUGGAGUAAAUUAAAACUCCGCUUGUGUAUAUGUGAUGAGACGCGGACGAGUUACUUUUCUCUAAAUUCGUCGUCACAAAGCCAUUCGGAUAAAUUGCAGAAUCUACUCAAGCGACUAAGGAUUGAUGCAGAAUUGUUCCCCGUCACUGGAUGGACAAAUGUUAUUGAAUCACAUGGCUUUGAUGUGGAGAGGUAUAAUAAAAGUGUUAAUACCUUAAUUCUACAACAAACUGAAGAGACUGCAGUGACCUUUAUAUAUUUACCAUCUCCUCCAGCCAAUGAUGCAGAGGCAGAGCAGUUUUAUAAUAAUUUGGAAGUGUUCUCCAGAAAUUUACCACCUACAAUUUUUGUGCAUGGAGUGAGCACAGUUACUUCCACAACAUUAUAACAUUAAGUAAAAUUAGGAAUUAUUAGAAAUUAUUAUUUGACAUAAAGUAUUAAGUUUAAAAAUAAUUAAGAAUUUAAUAUUGAAUUAAUCUCGAGUUUUAUAUAUUUUUUUAACUUGACAUAUUUUAACAUAUGCCUUGGGAUACACUCUCUGUGAUUUAUAUUUAUAGUAUAUUAAGUG